CUAUAUCUGGUCUCCCACAAACCCUGCAUUCACUAUAUCUGUUCUCCCACAGUACACAGAACAUGUAAGUGCAAUUAUUUUAGUAACUAUAAACUGCUAAAUACCUUUUCUCAUCAGAAGUUAGAGCAGUCUUGUGGCUUCUAUCAGUGUUCAGCCAAGCACUAGCUAAAGCUUGUAGGAGUUUUCUUUCUGCUCAGUGAGGAUACAAAACCCCUGUCCUGUGUCUGACCAGUGCUGAUUGGCCCUGCGCUGAUCACAUGCACUCUCUCAAGAAAAAAAAAACACUAGCAAUACACACCAAACUGAGUAU